GAAAACAACACAAAAAAAAAGAAAGCAAAAACUCAAGACAAGAAGACGGCAUUUUCACAACUCGUCAUUAAAAACUCAUUUUUCAAUUUGUUGGCGUAAAUUUACGUGAAAAUAUAAAUAAUCUUUAUAAAAUAAAUAAAAAAGCCAACUAAACAUCAACUAUGGGACGUCGUAAAUCAAAAAGAAAGCCACCACCAAAACGAAAGAAUAUCGAACCACUUGAUUUGCAAUUCAAUUGUCCAUUUUGUAAUCAUGAAAAAUCUUGUGAAGUUAAAAUGGAUAAAAGUCGAAAUACAGCAAGAAUAACUUGUAGAGUAUGCAUGGAAGAUUACCAGACGAGCAUCAAUUUCCUUUCGGAGCCAAUCGAUGUCUACAAUGAUUGGGUUGAUGCCUGCGAGACUGCUAACUAAAUUCUUUUCCUUUUUCUAAGUUUAUUUUUAUUUCUUAAUUUUUCUUGACGAAAACAAUUAAAAACUAAGUACAAUUAACAAUAUCAGUUAAGAAAAACAUAAA